UGUGUGUGUGUGUGUGUGUGUGUGCAGAUGCAGAGCGACGAGGGGACAGAGUGGCUGCUGGAGCUGCUGACAGACGUUCAGCUGCAGCAGUACUUCCUGCGGAUCCGUGAUGAGCUCAAUGUCACUCGACUCUCCCACUUCGACUACGUCAAGAACGAAGACCUGGAGAAGAUCGGCAUGGGGCGCCCAGGUCAAAGGAGGCUGUGGGAGGCCGUCAAGAGGAGACGAGCUCUUUACAAACGAAAGUCCUGGAUGAGCAAGGUAUUUCCAGUGAAACGUUCUGACGCCGACCCCCAGCAGUCCCUCCCCCAGGGGGCGUCGUCCAGCCAGGCCCCUGCCGCCAGCGAGUCGACAGCCUCCCUCACCUGCCUGAUCAGAGAGGCGGAGCUGCAGCUGUUUGAGAGGCUUGGAGACGGCACGUUCGGAGUGGUGCGGAGAGGAGAGUGGACCGGUCCCAACGGCAGAGUGCUGUCGGUGGCGGUGAAGUGUCUGAAAGCCGGCGUGUUAGACUCAGACGGGCUGGACGACUUCAUCAGGGAGGUGAACGCCAUGCACUCACUGAGCCACCAGAACCUCAUCCGGCUGUACGGCAUCGUCCUCACACAGCCCAUGAGGAUGGUGGCUGAGCUGGCUCCUCUGGGCUCCCUGUUGGAUCGUCUCAGGAAGCGUCAGGGUCACAUCCUCAUCUUGUCCCUCUGUAACUACGCUGUUCAGGUGGCGUGUGGCAUGGCCUACCUGGAGCAGAGGCGUUUCCUCCACAGGGACCUCGCCGCCCGCAACGUUCUAUUGUCCACCAACGACACGGUGAAGAUCGGAGACUUUGGCCUGAUGAGGGCGCUGCCGACACACACCGACCAAUACAUCAUGGAGGAGGGUCACAAAGUCCCCUUCCCUUGGUGCGCUCCAGAGUCUCUGAAGUCUCGUUCUUUCUCUCAUGCGUCCGACACUUGGAUGUUCGCGGUCACUCUGUGGGAGAUGUUCACCCACGGACAGGAGCCGUGGCUGGGCCUUAACGGGAGUCAGAUCCUCCACAAGGUGGACGUGGAGGCCGAGAGGUUAAGUAAACCAGAGGACUGUCCUCUGGACGUUUACAACGUCAUGCUGCAGUGCUGGAGCCCCAAACCUGAGGACAGACCCACCUUCAUCGCCCUCAGAGACUUUCUGCUCGAGACGAUGCCCACAGACAUGAGAGCCCUGCAGGACUUUGAGGAGGAAGACAAGCUCCAGAUCCAGAUGAACGAUGUGAUCACCAUCAUAGAGGGAAGGGCGGAGCAUUACUGGUGGCGAGGUCAGAACAGGCGGACGCUGCGUGUCGGUCAGUUCCCUCGCCACGUGGUGACGGCGGUCGCUGGUCUGUCGGCCCACGACAUCAGCCGACCGCUCAAACACUCCUUCAUCCACACGGGACACGGAGACACGGACCCCCACAGGAGCUGGGGACAUGCAGACCGCAUCGACAGUCUGUAUCUGGGGAACCCCAUGGACCCCCCUGAUGUCCUGGGAAUGGAGUCGGGCAUCGCCAGACCGACCAAACUCCCCAACCGUGCCAAGAAGCAACCUCCCCCUCGUCCACCUCAGCCUGCUGUUCUGCUGAAGAAGCCGUUCUACGACUCAGUCUUGGACGAUUACGACGAUGAUGACGACACCAGCACCUCGUCGGGCCUGAAGCGGCUCGGAGUGUCUCUGGGUCUGAAGCUGCGACCGUGGGAGGGGUCCCUGGUGCGUUCGGCCAAGAGCGAGGUGUCGCUCAUCGACUUCACCGACGACAGCUUCAGCUCGACCACGCCGUCGCCGCUCACUGAGACACACCCGCCGGACGAGGACACACUGAAGGACACUCCCUCCAUCCUGGACUGGCCUCUCCCUCAGCCGUCUUACGACGAGGUCGCCACGGAGCUCGAGGACCAAUCGGAGGACCAGGAGGUGAAGUCUAUCAACAGGCGUCUGAGUGAGGAGGCCACGCCUGGCGCCACUGUUGUGGGCAGGAGCGAGUCGCAGUCAGCUGACCUGUUCCAGGAACUACAGAGAGAGGUGAUGGUGAAACUGCAGGUUCCCAUGGCAACGGGCCGCUCCCUCCCCUCCUCCCCUCUCCCGAUCCCUCUGGCUCCGUUGGGCCCCCACAGACAGAUCCUCCUCCCUCCUCCCUCCCCCUCCUCAACCUUUGCCUCCUGCUUCGAGGACCGGCCGGUGCUACCUCCUCGCAGCCCUGUCCCCCCGCUGCGUCCCUCCAAACACAACCUCUCCGUCCGCACCACCCAGCCGCAGGUCCGCUCCAGCUCCAUAUCUGUGGGGGACGAGGAGGACACGCCGCCCCAGAUCCCACCUAGGGACCACGCCUUUUCUCAGCCGGGCUCCCGCUCCUCCUCUCCCCUCCCACUAGCCCCGCCGCCCUCCGCCUCGCCCGUGGCUCUUCCCCCUCCUCCCCUCUUCGUCUCUCCACGGCGGACGGCAGGACUCCUGGGUCCCCUUCUGUCCUCAAGUUCCCCGUCCUCCUCCUCCUCCUCUCCACUGUCUCAAGCCACAUCCCAUCCUUCACGCCUCGCAGCUCCCGGCUCCUCUUACUCCUCCAGUCCUCUUCUGGACCCUCUCUCCUUCCGUGAGGGACGCGGCCUGUCCUCGUUGAUUGACAGCUCCCAGAGCUCUGCUCCUGCCCCGCUGCCGGAGAGACCAGCUUUUCUGGAAAGAUACGGAGCAGCCAAUAUGGUGGCAGUCAAACCCAUGAUGCAGCAGAAACCAGGCGGAGCCAAACCUAAUUCCUCUUACAACAACAACAAUGGGUGGACUGCAGCUCCCAGCAUGCAACAGGAGCAGAGCAUCACACAGGUGCAGGCAGCAGUGCAUGGUGUCACGAUGGAGGAGUGUAAGUCCGCCCUGCAGAGUCACAACUGGAGGAUCCCUCAGGCCGUCAACCAUCUGAAGGUGGAGCAGUUGUUUCGGUUGGGGCUGCGGUCGAGAGCUGAGUGUGAGAAGCUUCUGCAGCUCAGCCAGUGGAACCUGGAACAGGCCAGCACGGUGUUGUUAGAGACGUACGGACCCCAUCUGAACAGGAAGUGACAGCGGUCACAACGAGGUGCAAACCAACAACUGAUGAUCCCCUCGGGAUGACUCAUCGCUCCGAGGACCCAAGACGUAGCAAUGCUUCUUAAUGAAUGGAGGAAUAUAAGGCAGUAUUACGUGCCUCACUCUAUGUACUGUGAACACUUGCUACUACUUGCGUCAUAUACAUGCAUGCUCAUCAUUAGCUUACAGAGCAGCUUGUUAAAUGAGUCACACACUAUGUACUUGAAACGUUGAUAUUUAUGUUUUUGCUACUUGCAUAACGAGAGUAGAGUUUUUUUCCGCUGAGCGCUACUGCAAACUUUUUGUGGGUGUGAGAUUUGCGUGCAUGUGUGUUUUGCGUGUGUGCAAGUCUGAGCUUACACCGAGGUACCAACACUGUAAACGUCCAUGCCUUUUCGCUGUUAAUGAAAUCAGGGAAGUGUGAGCUAACGAGUACUCGUAUGUUUCCGUGAAAAUGUACAGAUAAGACGCUGUAUUGUAUUUAGCACUUUACCGAGUGUGGAUAUUUCCGCGGAUGUGUUAACUGCUGGUCAGGAGAAGAUAAACAAUAUGUCUUGUUAGUGCAGCCAACACAGAUACCGACUGUAGCAUACUGAGUAUUUUUAAUGAAUCAUUUGUGUUUAAAGCUUUGUGAGAGAUUCGUCAAAUGAAAGAAGUUAUCGUAGGCAAUUAAAUCUCAUGAACAACAGUCAUAGUCACUGAGUUAAACAAAUUAUACAUUUAAUGUGAUAUAAAAGUGAUGUUAAGCUUUUCCUCCAGUGAAAACUACUGCUGUAUGAUAAUCACAACAUCAUGAAUAUGUAGUAUGUGUAUGAGUAGGUGUGCUUAGCGUUGUGGAUAUAGAACCUUCACACAUCCUGAGUGUGAUCACACCCGGAUUCAUCAGCAGCUAAACAGAAAAGGAAAUGAUGAAGGAAUCGUUUGUCGUUGCAGCUACUCUGGCUUUUAUCCGGCCAGCGAUCACUUUAACUGAAUCAUUAAAGCAGCUUAUAAAUGUAAUAUAUGCAAAUAUGUCCUGGUGUUUUAUAAUAAACUGA